GUAGAUGGCGUUAAAAAUUUAGUUUCUGUUAUCUAUUUCUCUCUUAUCACAUUUGUAAACAUUUGUUUUUUGGUUCUGUUAUUUGUUAUCUGAUUAAUUUUUUCCCAUUUACUGUAAAUUUUUAGUGUAUACUUUCUUCUUUAUAAUGAUUCAUGGCCGGCGUUUUAGUACUCGAAUUCGCAUUUCGUUCAGGACUUUAGUUAAGUAUUUUGUUUGUAAGAAAAUCCGUAAUUUCGUCUAAUAAAUUUCAAAUGGAUUCAAUCAGACGAAUUAGCAAAGUUGAAAGACGAGUGAGUUUGUUGGAGGGUCCAAUUAGGAUAUUUAAGGGAAGUACUACACCUGCUGUCAUUCAGUAUCGAAGCAGACUUGCAAGUAUUUCAGAAAUUGAUGCCGAACAAGUAAAAAUUGCUAAUUAUGCAGAUACUGUAAAGCAGCUUGAUGCAUAUUAUGGCCAAGUUAAAAGACAGAUACUUAAUCACCAAAGUUCCACCACUGGCUUAUUUCCUCAGUUGUCUCAAGAAAGGGAAGUAGCUUGUGUUCGUGAUAGUAUAUAUUGUGCAGUUGCCAUAUGGAGUUUAUAUCAAGCAUACAAGAGAAUAGAUGAUGAUAGGGGUAAAGCUUAUGAACUUGGUCAGAGUGCUGUAAAAUGCAUGAGAGGAAUCCUUUUCUGCUGGAUGAGACAAGCAGAAGAAAAACUAGAGAAAUACAAAAUGAAUCAAUGUCCAGAAUAUGCUUUGCAUAGUAAAUUCCAUUUGGAAACUGGUCAACCAUUAGCACCAGAUGUACUUGGUAACUAUGGCCAUUUGCAGCUGGAUGUUGUUUCUCUGUACUUAUUAUUUUUAGUGCAGAUGAUUAUGUCAGGUCUUCAGAUUAUUUACACCAUGGAUGAGGUCAGUUUCGUGCAAAAUCUUGUCUAUUAUGUUGAAAGAGCAUAUCGUACACCAGAUUUCGGUAUGUGGGAACGAGGAAGUAAAUAUAAUGAUGGUACUCCAGAAAUACAUGCAAGUUCUAUUGGAAUGGCAAAAUCUGCUCUUGAAGCUAUAAAUGGGUGUAAUCUUUUUGGUGACAAGGGAGCUUCAUGGUCUGUAGUUUAUGUUGACAUUGAUGCUCACAGUAGAAACAGAAGCAUUUUUGAAACUCUUCUGCCACGAGAAUCCAGUUCUAAGAACACUGAUUCAUCUUUGCUUCCCACUAUUAGUUUUCCUUGUUUUGCUACUCAUGAUGAGCUUCUAUAUAACAGAACUAAAGAUAAAAUUGUCCGUAAGCUUCAAGGCACAUAUGGCUUCAAGAGGUUUCUUAGAGAUGGUUAUGGUACAGCAGUUGAAGAUAUCACUCAACAGUAUUAUGAACAAGGAGAGACUAAAGAAUUUGAAAACAUUGAAUGUGAAUGGCCAUUGUUUUUCUUAUACAUGAUCUUGGAUGGAAUAUUCAAAGGAAAUGAUGAGCAAAUAAAAAAGUAUCGUCAUUUAUUGCAUCCUAGAUUAAAAGUUGACAGAUAUGGAAAUGCUGUUGUUCCAAAAUACUUUUAUGUACCAACAUUAUGCAUCGAUGCUGAGAGGAGAGAUCCAGGCUCACAAAAAAGGAUUGCAAGUGCAGAAGGAGAUGCUGAUAAUUUAUAUUUACAUGGGCAAGCUCUAUACAUAAUGUGCGAAUUAUUAGUGGAUGGACUUCUCCACAUUAAUGAACUUGACCCAAUUAGGCGUUACUUGCCAUCGUACAACAGACCACGGAAAACUGGACGUUAUUCUGCAUUCCAGGGAAAGGCAGCUGGCACUGCUAGUGAUCUAGUUGUACAAGUUGUUCUUAUUGCUGAAAGUAUGAGAUUACAAGCUAUGAUGGCUACUUAUGGGAUCCAUACACAAACACCUCAUGAAGUAGAACCUGUUCAAAUAUGGUCUCCAAGCCAGCUUGUUAAGAUAUAUGAAUAUCUUGGAGUUAGUAAGAAACUAGGCCUCAAAGGGAGACCACCCAGACCUAUUGGUGCAUUAGGUACUAGCAAGCUUUACCGAAUAUGCGGUCAAACAGUAAUAUGCUAUCCUCUGAUCUUUGAAGUUAGUGAUUUUUAUCUUUCUCAUGAUAUGGCUCUUCUUAUUGAUGAUAUUAAGAAUGAACUUCAUUUUGUGGGAAAGUAUUGGCGAAUGUCUGGAAGGCCUACAGUCUGUAUUCUGAUUAGAGAAGAACAUAUGAGGGACGUUCAUUUUAAAGAAAUGCUGGAUUUGUUAGCAAUGCUUAAAAAAGGUGACUGUGAUGGUCUAAAAAUCAGAACUGGGAGGCUUCAGAAUUUGAUAUCUUCUUCAUGCAUUGAACAUUUAGAUUUUUUACAUUUAUUAACUGCUGAUGACUUACCGAAUGUUGAGGCAUUUCAGCAGCUAGAACAUGCAUCAAUAGGAUACCAAAGUCUGACAGAUAUCCCAAAAGCUAUUGUAUAUAAUGAGCCUACCUAUGAUUUUUCUGAAUUUAAUCAUCGUUCAUCAAGAGAUAUCCUUGAGGCACUAAGUCAUACUGACACGCUUCAUGGUCAGAGUCAACUAUUAGGAAUAUUAUACUUUCGUGAAGGACCACAGUUUUGGACGGAAAAUGGUACAGUGAAAGAAAGAUUGGAGAAAUUAACUAGACAAGCCGGAGCUUUGCGCCACUGGUCUGUUGUUAGAUAUUGCUCCAGUGUGUUGAGAAAAUUAGUAGACAGUAUUAGUCCAAAUAUAACUUCAAUUUUAGUAUGUGGGAAACAGAUAACUGUUGGUGUUUUUGGACAUGAAGAAGUUGUAAUUGAUAAACCCUUAACACCUAAGGAAGUUGAGGUAAUAAUAUAUUCAAAAUGCCAGCACCAUGAUAUAUAUCAAGCAGUAUUACAGCAAGAAAUUAUACUUUAUGUUGGUCGCCUCAUUUCAACUACUCCUCAACUUUUCCAUGGAAUAUUGAAAAUUAGAAUUGGUUGGGUUUUACAAGCCAUGAUACUGCACAUGAAAUUCUUGAAUCCUUCUCCACCUGAAAGUUUAUCACCUAGUGAACUCCGAAAAGUUUUGUAUCGUGUUUUGACAUUAGCAGAAAAUGGAUCUAAUACUAAGCUGUCUAUUCAUCAAAGACGACAGAUUGAAGGUGCCUUAUGCAGAGUUCCAAAGAAUUUUUAUGAUCGUGUUUGGGAUAUUAUGACAAGAACCACUGAAGGUAUAAUUGUGGAAGGUUACCAUUUACCACAACAACCAACAUUGACAGAAAUGACUGUUUAUGAUCUAAAAUUUGCUACAGAAGUUGAAAUGUUUUUAAGUAGAGUUGUCCUUCCUGAGUACCGUCAAAUCCUUGUCGAGUUAAUAAUGGUCGUUUAUUUGAUUCUUGAGAGGAACCCAGAGCUUUCAUUUAAUACUACUAUUGAUAUGAACAAAUUGGUUGAAGAAGCUUUCAUAAUGUUCCAGAAAGAUAAUGCCUUUGAUCGUGAAAAAGAUAUGACAAUGUUUUUUGAUUCACCAACCACUAUAACAGCCAGUUAUCUUGCACGAGCAGUCAUGAAUCACUUAUUGAAAUGUGCUCCUGAUCAGAGUUAUUCUCGAGACCUUUGUGUAAUAUCAUAAAGAUUUAUUACUAUAGUGUAUAUAUCCUUCAGAUGAGGAAAAUUUCCUUUGUAUAUACUAAUGUAAAAAAUCCCUUCCCCCCUCCACAUUAUAUUAGUACCAUCAAAAAGUACUACAUCCAUUGUUCUUGUACAUCCAUUUUCAUCAAAGUUGUCCACUGUUUAUUUUUGUAUUUUGAAUUUUCUUUAAAUGUUGUCAUCUGUAAAUUUAAAUCUUUUAGAAUAUUACAAAUUUUGACUUAUAAUUAUUAAGCUACUGUAACAAAUAUUUGGAUAUUUCUUACUUGCUGAUUAGUUAUAUUUAGAACCUCCUACAUCCAUUCAUAUUAUAGCUAUAAUCUCAAAGUUGACUUUUUCCUUGUUUUGAGCUUAAGAUUUUUAUAUUUUAAAAAUUAGUAAUGAAGUAAAAAUUAGUAAUUUAAGUUUUGCAUUUUAAUGCAUUAUAUAUACGAAUAAUACACAGGCUGUGCAAAAAAGAUUAUUUAGGCUUUAUUACCUUAAAUGUUAAUCGUAGGUGUAUAAUUUAAAAGGUGCCUUCAUAUAAUGUGUGGAAUUAUACAAAAAUAAGUCUGGAACACUGUGGGUGGGGGAGUUAGCUAUAAAUUUAAUGAAAAAUGCUGUUUUAUAUAAAAGGAAACCAUUAAUUACCAAAGCGGGAAGCUUCUUUUUUAUAUUGCUUCUGAAUUUUUUCUCAAAUGAUUUAAAUUUUAAUAAGCAACAAACAUAGAAAAAUUAUCUAAGCCGACAGUUCAUUCUCAUAUAUCUGUGAAUUUUGUAUGUAAAAGUAUGAAACUUUGUUUUAGACUAAUGAAAGCAUAAUUUAGUAAGCAGUGCUUAUUCGACAAGAUUCAUUUAAAAAUUAGAUUUUAUUUUUACAGAAUCCUAACCAAACAUGCUGCGAUUAUUUUUGUAAAAUUUUGCAUCAUGUUUUACGAAGUUUUGGAAUUGGAAAUAUAUGUGUAGAAUUAUAAAUAAAAAAAUAAGCCUAUGUAACCACCUCAUUAAGUAAAAGCGAUAGUUGUGAAAUAUUUAUUGUGUUUUAAUUAAUAAAAACGAAACCCUCCCGCCUAUUUUUUAGCAUGUUAUAUAUUGAUCAUGUCAUCCUUAAAGGUUCUUUCUGAUCAUAAUCUAAUCUUUUCCGCUGUGUUAAUAUUAUUAAUUAUAUUACAUUUUAUUUAAAUGAAAUCAGCAUUAAAUGAAGGCAGCUUAAUCCUCAAGAAUAUUAAAUUUUCAUUCAUAUUCAUUAGCGUGUAAAGUCCUCCACGAAGGCCUCCCUUAAAGCAGAUAGCCCUCGAGUGCUUUGCCGUAAUCUGAUAAACCAAACCAUAUUCAUUAGUUUAUUCUUUGAAAUCAAUUUAGAAUGAAAAUUAUGUGAAAGCUUCUUGCAAAAAUUCUUUUUUCUGUCAUCUAAAAUGCAUUUUUUCCCUUCAUUAUUUCAUUGACUGUCUUAAUUUGUAACUAAAAUGCUGAACUUGGCCCAAAAAAUCUAGAUGUUGCUCAGAAACUGAAACCUGAAAGGUCGUGCCAAAACUAUUUUUUAAACCUUUGCCGAAAUUAUUGUAUAUUAUUCUCAUAUUAUGAACUUUGCUACUUUUGUUUAAGGAGUGUAUCCUAAAAUAAAUAAUAUUUUAAAGCUGCUUAGUUAUGACAUUUGUUGAAAUAAUUUUAUCUCAUAUAAAUCCUAAACCUUUAAUGUAAAUUGUAGUUGGUUUAAGUUCUUACUUGACUAUAAAAUAAAUAUACAUAUAUAUGAAUGUAUGUUGGAAAGAUUUAGAAUGUAUGUAAACGAGAUUGACUUUAUUAAAAGAAAUAUGUGUAUAUUUUUGUGUUAUUGUGAUGAUAUUUGUGAAAUGGUAUAUUAUAUUAAUAGAGUAUUGUAAUAAGAAGCUGCUUAAUAUACAUUUUAGCCAAUUUGGAUGCAGAAUAUUUGUUUGUAGAUUAGGAAAAAAUUGAAAUAAUUUUAUAUUUGCAGUUUGUAAAAUAUAUACAAUUGUCGAAAUUUUAUUCUAUUUUUCAUUUAAAGUGUAAUUUUUUAAUAAUUAAUGGGCAUAAUUUGAAAUUUUUAAAUUAAAAAGUUGAUUUUUAUAGUUUAGUCAUGGUUUUGGUUAUGAAUGUGCACUUUCUUUAAAUUCAUUUUCAGUUACUUUAAUAUAAACUGUUAUCAGAAAUUACAUUGCUACUAAUGGUUGAUUAAUUAUCAUAAAUCAUCUUUUAAAACAUUUGUUUGUAUUACCAAAAAAUUGUUGCCAAACAUAAAGAUACUGAUAAGAAUGCUUAAUUUUAUUAAUUGAUCUUGCAUGCUUUUAUGCCCUACUGAAGUUUUAAAAAUUGAUGUCAUUUAGGUAUUAUUAUUAAUUUUCAACUCUGCUGAAAAUUUGUUGACUUUAUUAUGUUACAUAUUUUAUGAAUAAAUAGUGCUGCAAUGUUAUGAACUGAAGGAUUGUUCUUAGGUUAUUUAAUGAUUUGAUGUUUGAAUUAUUAUAUGUUUAUAAUUGUGUAAUAAAUUAUCAUUAUGCAAUUUGAAUGCACUGUUAAUGGAAAAUUAUAGAAUUUUUCAAUACAACUUAUAAAAGAAUGUAUAAAGUAUCCCUGAGAAUUAUUUUCCAUUAAAAUUGAAAAUUUUCAAUCGAUGAAUGUAUAAUGUAAAAACAUUUACACUAUUACAUUAUGCAAAGAGAGAUUGAUUUUCAACUUUAUGAUGCAUCGUGUGUAGUAAUUUAAAUUUCAAAUAAUAAUUUACUCUCUGUUAACAAAAAAGUUUUACUUAACCAUUCGUUUUCUGUUCUGUAAACAAGUGCUUUUUCAUUUUUUUCCUCGUGAUAUAGUCUUUUUAGUAUAUUCCUUUUACAAGCAAGCACAUUACUCCCCAUGUUCAUAUUAUGCCAUCAUGGUAAUAUUAAAGGACAAGCUCAUA